AUGUCUGGCCGUGGCAAGGGAGGGAAAGGGCUUGGAAAGGGGGGUGCCAAGCGGCACAGGAAGGUGCUCCGGGAUAACAUCCAGGGCAUCACCAAGCCUGCCAUCCGCCGCCUGGCUCGACGCGGUGGCGUUAAGCGUAUUUCGGGGCUCAUCUACGAGGAGACCCGCGGGGUGCUUAAGGUGUUCUUGGAGAACGUGAUCCGCGACGCCGUCACCUACACGGAGCACGCCAAGAGGAAGACCGUCACCGCCAUGGACGUGGUGUAUGCGCUCAAACGCCAGGGCCGGAGAGUACCAACAGCUGCUCACCUUUCCAGUUGUUCUCGUAAAAUGGCUCGUACUAAGCAAACUGCACGUAAGUCCACUGGAGGGAAGGCGCCUCGCAAGCAGCUAGCUACAAAAGCUGCCCGCAAAAGUGCUCCUGCUACCGGCGGCGUGAAGAAGCCUCAUCGCUACAGGCCCGGCACCGUGGCGCUGCGAGAAAUCCGCCGCUACCAGAAGUCCACAGAGCUGCUGAUCCGUAAACUCCCGUUCCAGCGGCUAGUGCGCGAGAUCGCGCAGGACUUCAAGACCGACUUGCGUUUCCAGAGCUCGGCCGUGAUGGCCUUGCAAGAGGCGAGUGAAUCCUACCUUGUGGGACUGUUUGAGGACACCAAUCUGUGCGCCAUCCAUGCCAAGCGGGUGACCAUAAUGCCCAAGGACAUCCAGCUGGCUCGCCGCAUCCGCGGGGAGAGGGCUUAAGCCACGAGGAGGCGCGAAC